AUGGCGGAAAAAUUUACUAUUUACAGUUCGGUUCAAAGCCAAUGGGUGGGAGUUAUGCUCCUUGCACUUGAGGAGAAGGGCCUCAAAGCAGAUGUAGAUUAUGAUGUCAAAGAAAUUACGCUGUCAACUGGUGACAAUUUUGCGCCGGAAUAUAUCGCCAUCAACCCCAAUGGCACGGUGCCUUCUCUCACUGCACCAUCGCUCACCAAGCCUCUCAUUGAAAGCGCCGAUAUUCUGAGAUGGAUCGACUCUCGCGGGACCAAGACCCUUGUGCCUGAUGAUGAACAACGCUCCAAAGAAAUUCUCGAACUUAUGCAUUCUCCUUCAAUGACUACAAAUCUCAUCCUGUUUCAGGCACGGGAUCCUGCCGAGAUGGAAGCCAAGAAGAAUAGCGGCUGGAACGCAUUUCUCGAGGAGCGCCAGGCGCGUCUAGACAAGGAACUUGCCGCACACCCUGAACAUCCGUUUUAUGUCUCGAAAACUGCAGAAAAUCUCGGCAUUACAUCAUUGUAUCGCGCCAAGGUUGGCCCUGGACAUGAGGGUCUCUACCAAUUGACAGAUGAGAUGUACCGCACCAUGGCUGCAGGUCUCGAUAAGUUGGAAAGUCUGAUCGCAUUGCCGUUUGCGGCUGGCUCUCGAGUCAGUGAGGCCGACUACAACACGGUUCCGUGGCUCGCACAUGCCAUGAUGGGAGCGGAUACGCCUGUGACUGCAAUUCAAGACUUUGGUCCUUUGGAGGCGCUGAUUCAAAAGACUGUGCCAGAGUUCAAGAUUGGUCCGAAAACGAAGCAGUGGUGGUCAAAUGUGGCAAAAACAGAGGCGUUUAAGAAGGUGUACCCUGUUUUGCAUUAG